GUUAAGGUAGCUUUGUUAAUAUUUAGUUAGCUUGGGGGGGGGGUGAUUUUAUCUUCUAUUAAUCCCAUAGUAGUUCUCUUGAUACCAUAUCAGUACUAUUGAUACCAUCUCAAUAGUACCCUUGAUAACACCACCAGGAGAGGCAGCGCCAGGGCCGCCAGCUUAGUCAGGGCCGCCAGCUUAGUCAGGGCCGCCAGGGUCGCCCCUCCGGGUUCGCACUCGCUAUGUGGAGGCGCGGCGCCCCCGAGGCCGCCAGCAUGAAACACUACCGGGUGCUGCGCACGCUGGGCGAGGGCGCGUACGCCAAGGUCAAACUGGCCCUGCACCUGGUGACCGGCACCGAGGUGGCCAUCAAGUUCAUCUGUAAGUCGCGGCAGGCGCGCCUCGAGUUCCUGGCGCGCGAGGUGGACUGUAUGAAAGCCCUGCAGCACCCCAACAUCAUCCAGCUGUUCGAGGUGCUGGACACCCGGGAGGACCUCCUCCUGGUCAUGGAGUACGCGGGCGGCGGGGACCUGCAGGAGUACCUGCUGCGGCACGGGCGCCUGGAGGAGCCCGAGGCGCGCGGCAAGUUCGAGCAGAUCCUCGCGGCCGUCACGCACUGCCACGCGCGCGGCAUAGCGCACCGCGACCUCAAGCCAGAGAACAUCCUCAUGGACAGCGAGCACAACCUCAAGCUCGGCGACUUCGGGCUGAGCAUCGAGUGCGCGGGCGCGGCGCUCAGCACCUUCUGCGGGAGCCCCGAGUACGCGGCGCCCGAGAUCUUCGAGCACCGCGCGUACGCGGGCCCCGCGGCCGACGUGUGGAGCCUGGGCGUGGUGCUCUACAGGAUGGUGACGGGCGCGCUGCCGUUCCGGGGCUCCAACCUCCUGCAGCUGCGCGGCCGCGUGCUCAGCGGGCGCUUCCACCUGCCGAACUACCUCUCCGCGCCGUGCCGGGACCUCCUGGGCAGCAUGAUGGCGCUGGACCCGCAGGGGCGCAGCAGCCUGGAGGCCAUCCAGCAGCACCCGUGGGUGCGGGCCAGCCGCGAGCUCCUGGCCGUGCGCCAGCCGUCGCCCAGCCACCAGGACGCGGCCCUGACCGAGGCCAUGGUGCGCCUGGGCUACCGGCCGCAGCAGAUCCAGGCGGCCGUGGGCGAGCGCCGGUUCGACGCCGUCAUGGGGACGUACCUCAUCCUGCGGUCCCGGCGGCGCGCCCGGCCCGCGCGCCGCGAGCCCUGGCGGCCCGGGCUCCCGGGAGGGCCUCCCGCGGGGGUCCGGGGAGGAGCCGCGCCAGGAGGCCGCGCGCAAAGCGGGUACCGCCGCGCCCGCCCCGGUCCGCAGGACCAUCUGCGUGAGGAUCCCGCAGCUGGACCGCUCCUCAGAGCACAGCAGCAGCUGCCCGUCGAGCUCCCAGGGAGGGGGCACCUGGGAGGACUCUGGCACCCUCACGUCGGGCCCCCUGCAGGGGGACUCCUGGGAGGAGAGCGCCGCCUCCAUCCCGGACCCCCUGCAGGAGGGCGCCCCGGGGUGCAGCGCCACGUCCAUUCCGGGCCCCCAGGCGGAGGACAGAGCCACCCCCACGUCGGGCCCCCUGCAGGGGGACGCCUGGGAGGAGAGAGCCACCUCCAUUCCAGACCCCCUGCAGGAGGGCGCCCCGGACCAGAGCGCCAGGUCCAUUCCGGGCCCCAGGCGGAGGACAGCGUCACCCGCACGUCACGGCCCCUGCAGGGGGACGCCUGGGAGGAGAGAGCCACCUCCAUUCCAGACCCCCUGCAGGAGGGCGCCCCGGACCAGAGCGCCACGUCCAUUCCGGGCCCCCAGGCGGAGGACAGCGUCACCCGCACGUCACGGCCCCUGCAGGGGGACGCCUGGGAGGAGAGAGCCACCUCCAUUCCAGACCCCCUGCAGGAGGGCGCCCCGGACCAGAGCGCCACGUCCAUUCCGGGCCCCCAGGCGGAGGACACCCAGGAGCGUGGCAGCGCCGCCCCCAUGCCAGGCCCCCAGGUGGAGGGUGGCCAGGAAGCCAAGAACAGAACACUCAGUGCAGCCCCCCAGCCCCCCCUCGCCAACCUCAGACCUCCCCCAAGACGCCGCUGGCUCCCCAAGUUCCGCAGGAACGCGGUGGCCCCGGCAGAGACGCUUGGCCACGAGGACGACAACUCCGCCUCAGUGCCGUCCGUCAGCUCCAGCCGGGGCGGGCUCGCCAGCGGGAGGCGGAUCAUGAACGCGCUGCUGAAUCUGUGCUGCUUCUGCAGACCACGCGGCUCCAAACAGAGCAGCAGCGCUCACCCACCCGACGGCUGAGACCGCCACACCCUGCAGAGCCCGCCCGGGAGGCAGCCACCGAGGGAGCAGGAGCGAGCCGGGGAGGGCGAGGCUCUGCAGAGGGGUCGGGCGGGGGCCAGCCAGCGGGGCCAGGAGAAGCAGGACACACACAGGACCUGAUCCCAGACGUCCUGGAGCCCAGCAGGCUCUGUCCGGUGAAGGCCUGCGCACCCCCUGGCUGGGAGAGCCCUGCUGUUGGCGCCUGGGCACACGGAUGGCGCAGAGGACGCGGGAGCUCUGCGGGCCUGAGUGGCACAGUCACCGACUGACAGACACGGUCCCCGAGGGCGCAGGACGCGGCCGCUGCAGAGGGGACCUCCAGGUGACCGGCUCUGCCUGCGGGGCGCUGGGGCGUGGCGGCAUCUGAAAGCUGUUCCUCGGCCUGAUGGAGACACUCAGAAACGGAUUGCUUUGUUAGCGUGUCUAUGUCUAUGCCAUGACUCAUUAAAUCAUUGUUUGAA